AUGCCCAAGCAGAUGCGCAACAGCACUGGCUGGGCCUACAACAACCCGGAACGCGCCCAGGGCACGCCCUCCAGAGUUACUGGCGCCGGCAAAAAGGCCACGGCGCUCAAAAACCAGACCUAUGCCAAGCCGCUGCCCACCACCCUCGACUCUCGACCCGCCAGCGCGGAUCCAGAGGUACCCGCCACUCCGGCAGACCUGCUCGGGUCCCUGCUGUGGCUGCUGAGCCUAGGCUACUAUCAAACAAGGCCCUCGUCGACCGCCAGCAGCAGCAGCCAAGCCUCGACGUCCCGGGCGGCCCAGCAGGACGACGAUGUGGCCACCGCAUUCUACGACCCACACACGCACACCGUCUGGGUCACGGACAUGGACCGCGGCAUCAAGGUUCUGUGGCAGCGCGGCUUCUUUGGCAAGGGCAAUCUCUCGCGCUCCGAGCCCACCUGGCGGCAGCGCAAGAUCGGCGAGAUCGAUGCCAUGAGGAAAGGAAUGCUCACGGCCGAGCAGCUGACCGCGCAGCGCAGAGAGGAGAGAAAGGCGCUCAAGAUCGAGAGGGCAAGGGCCGCCGUACGGGCAGGCCAACAGCUGCCCGAUGGAAUCACAGCGCUCGGAGGUGAGAUCCUCGAAGAGGACCGGCUUGCUGGUGCCGGCCACGACCGCAUCAUGGCCGAUAUUGAAAAGCAGAUCGAGGACCAGAUGGACGACGACGACGAAGCCGACGGUACCGUCUCGGCCGGCAAGAGCACGGUCGCUCCACCGGCCUUGUGGAAGGGCGACGAAGACAUCCCCGACAUCGUCCCCGGCCAGGCCAGGAUCAAGGGCCUAAAGUACUUUUCCGAAGAGGUCAAGGCCAACGCAGCGAGGAAGGCCGAGGCGCAGGCCGCCCGUAACAAGGAGCUGGUACAGAUGGACCCGGACGCCGAGAUCGACGUGGUCGACAUGGAGCGGAUGCAGCUGUCGCUCCACGAGACGUUCUUCCUCGCCGGCAUGCUGGGCUGUCUCGAGGUCAAGGUCGACGAGGCGGGCGCUGCGCCACGCACGCUCACCAUCGACGAGAUCUACACACUCUGCCUGCAGUCGUCGCUCCCACCGCCGCUGCUCUCGCUCAAGGAUCAGGGCAUCGCCGACGAGCACCUGGCCCGGCUCUACGCCAGGCCCGACAACCCGUUCCUGGUCAACUACAUCGCCUACCACCACUUCCGCUCGCUCGGCUGGGUCGUCAAGACGGGCACCAAGUUCUGCUCUGAUUUCCUCCUCUACAAGAGGGGGCCUGUCUUCUCGCACGCAGAGUUCGCCGUGCUGGUCAUCCCUUCGUAUGAGGACCCAGACGACCAACACUCGAGCCCGUUCCCGCCGCACCCGAACCUGGGACCCAAGCCCUGGACGUGGUUCAGCACGAUGAACAGGGUCAAUACCCAGGUCCUCAAGACCCUUAUCCUGGCGCACGUCUUCGUGCCCUCGGUCAAGCGGUAUCCGCCCGAGUCGCUCGUGUCGCCGCAACAGUUUGUCGACGACCUCAAGGCAGGUCGUAGCUAUGCCGUCAAGGAGGUGGCCAUCCGACGCUGGGUGCCGGCGCGGAUGCGUGCCUAA